AAGCACUUUGACACCAAAAUUCUACUUUGCGCUUACUGUGACUUCAUCUUUUAUUUCUGGACUGAUAUUUGUGUUUGAGUGGUGGCAUUUCCGAAAAUACGGCACAUCUUUCAUUGAGCAGGUAUCUGUGAGUCAUUUGAGGCCCCUCAUUGGUGGAGUAGAAAGCAGCCCUCCAGCACCAGUAGUGUUCUCAGCUAACAGUGGAGAGCAUGAGACAAACAGGCAGAAUAUGCCAGAGUGCAAAGUGUGGCGAAAUCCUCUCAAUCUUUUCAGAGGGGCAGAAUAUAGCAGAUACAUGUGGGUGACUGGGAAGGAGCCUCUUACAUAUUAUGACAUGAAUUUGUCAGCUCAAGAUCAUCAAAACUUUUUCACAUGUGAUACGGAUGCCCUUCGGCCUUCAGAUACAGUUAUGCAGAAAGCAUGGAGAGAGAGAAACCCUCAAGCCCGGAUUAAAGCAGCAUAUCAAGCUUUAGAAUUGAACAAUGACUGUGCAACUGCAUAUGUCCUCCUGGCUGAGGAAGAAGCAACGACUAUUGUAGAUGCUGAGAAGUAUUUUAAGCAGGCUCUGAAAGCAGGAGAAACAAUUUACAGAAAGUCUCAGAACUGCCUUUCCCAAAGUCCCCAGCAUGAAGCACAGCUGAGAAGAGACACCAAUGUAUUAGUCUAUGUGAAAAGGAGGCUAGCUAUGUGUGCGAGAAAACUUGGAAGAAUAAGAGAAGCUGUAAAAAUGAUGAGAGAUUUAAUGAAAGAGUUUCCGCUGCUUAGCAUGCUGAAUAUUCACGAAAACCUUUUGGAGGCACUGCUGGAAUUACAGGCUUAUGCAGAUGUCCAGGCGGUUUUAGCGAAGUAUGAUGAUAUUAGUCUUCCAAAAUCAGCAGCAAUAUGUUACACAGCAGCCCUGUUAAAAGCCAGAGCUGUUUCAGAAAGGUUCUCCCCUGAAACUGCCUCCAAAAGAGGGCUUAGUACAGCAGAAAUUAAUGCUGUGGAAGCAAUUCACAGAGCUGUGGAAUUUAACCCUCAUGUUCCAAAGUAUUUGCUAGAAAUGAAAAGCUUAGUUCUACCUCCAGAGCACAUUCUGAAACGAGGGGACAGUGAGGCAGUAGCGUAUGCUUUUUUUCAUCUCCAGCACUGGAAGAGGAUAGAAGGAGCUCUAAAUCUGCUGCACUGUACGUGGGAGGGCACAUUUAGGAUGAUCCCAUACCCGCUAGAGAAAGGCCAUCUUUUCUAUCCCUAUCCGAGUUGUACAGAAACAGCAGACAGAGAACUGUUGCCAACAAUGCUUGCCCUCCUUACACACCAGUUCCCUGAGCUGAUGGUCGUUUUUGCUAAAGCUGUAUUGCGAGUUCUUUGGCCUGUGAGUGCUCCCAGCGUUCUGGCAUCCAGCUGAGAGUGGACUGUACCCUCCCUCUAAGCACAGUGGGUUCUUUGGGACUCCUCUUUCACUCUUCAGCUUCAUAAUGGAAAACAUUGAGGUCUUCAUACUGUCUGUUCUCUGGCACCAGCUGACUCCAGUUUGACUGGAGCCUGCUUUUCAUGAUAGUUCGAUUCCGUUGAUCUCAUGAGCAUCACCUCCAGCAUCCACUGGGCAUGGUUAGCUGACAUCUGGAUGGGGGAACAAGGAAAGCUGUGUUAUUCAAAGUGGUAUCUUUCACAGGCUUCCCCACUGGUAAUGGUGCUUAAUGUUAUGAAUUUAUUUGACCUUAGAGCCUGUAAUCGUUUAAGGAAAUAGUUUUUGUUGAGCAAUAUCUUAUUGCUCUCUUAAUCACUUGUAUAACCAGAAGCUAAUGCUUCCUUUGUAAGAAAUGAAAGAACACAAAUUGAACAGAUGUUUUGAGUAUUGACACUUCCUUCUCAGCUGCAGAUGCAGAACAUAAUUGGCUUCAAUUAAAUUUCGUAAGCCUUUUUCAAAAUAUUUGUUAACAGCAAAGUAUGGUUCCGCUUUCUUUAUUAAAAGGUUGCUUCUUAAUA